AUGGCACCUCAAUAUACUAUAAUCCAGCCCUCUUUGCCAGUCUCGUCAAUUCCCGACGCUGUGGCGUACUACACUGGCCGCCUUGGCUUCCGCCUGGCCGGCCGCGACGGGGACAACCACUGCUGGGUACAGCUUGUGGAUGACGACAACAUCUCCAAGUGGGAUGCUGCCGUGAACAUCUACUUGCGCCGUCGAGGCUUCCCCGGUAUCGAUAACGAUGUCCAGUUUGGCAAAGUCUACAUCCGCAUUGAUGGAGAUGACGACGAGCUGGAGAAGCUGAGGGACACACUCAAGGCGAACAAGGCUGAUGUCAUUGGCGAUAUUGAAACAAAGCCUUGGGGUCUACGGGACCUAGUAGUUCAAGACCCGGAUGGUAAUGUUCUCACUUUCAAUCAGAGAGUGAAAGGCUUCCAGAGGCCAGUGAAUACUAUAUUUGAGGCCUCUUCCAAGAGACAGGACUGA